UCACCUCCCCUCUCUUUCUCUCUCUCUCUACAACAACUUUUUCAGUUUUUUUUCCUCUUUAGAGACAAAAGAAACAAACAACAGAAAAGGUUUGUUUUUCUUUCUUCAUCUGUGUUUUUUUUAACAUAGAAAAAUGUCGGAGACAAAAGACCCGGCGAUUAAGCUAUUUGGAAAGACGAUUCCGGUGCCGGAUAUUCUUGUCGGAACUCCGGCUUUAUCUUCCGGUGAUGUUGUUGACGAGAGUAUUGAUCAGAAUCAUGAUUCUUCUAUCAACUCUUCUAAGGAUGAACAAGAACAAGAAAUUGUGAUGGACACAUUGGGAGACAAACCAACUGAUGGGAAAAAGGAAGAUGGAGUCCCUACCAAAUCGUCGGAAGAAUUCUCCACUCCAGAUGCAGCCUCUAGGACUGGUGAAGAAUCUGAGAGGGAGGCUGCUACGUUGAAAACUUCAAAGAUUGAAGAAGAACAAGAUGAGACAAGUAAUUCACAUGACAAGAACCUAAAAAAACCAGACAAAAUAUUGCCUUGUCCCCGUUGUAGUAGCAUGGACACCAAAUUUUGCUACUAUAAUAAUUAUAAUGUCAACCAACCUCGUCACUUCUGCAAGAAUUGUCAGAGAUACUGGACUGCGGGUGGAACAAUGAGAAAUGUACCGGUAGGUGCCGGUCGCAGAAAGAACAAGAACUCUUCUUCUCACUAUCGUCAAAUAACUGUCACCGAAUCAACACUUCAGAAUUCUCGGACAGACUUUCCGCGUAGAUCCUACCAACCUUCUUUGAAAUGCAAUGGUACACUACUUACAUUUGGAUCCGAAACACCCUUGUGUGAAUCAGUGGCAUCUGUUUUGAAACUUGCUGAUAGAACAGUGCAAAAUUACGCAAGAAAUGGAUUUGAUAAACCUGAAGAACUACGAAUUUGUGUUCCACAUGCCACUGGAGAAAAAGGCGAUGAUCAAUCCAAUAAAUCAUCUAUUACCUCGACAAAGUCAAUGGAAGGUGGAAGAACCAAUGUAUCCCAAGAACAAGCUAUGUCGAAUGGACAAAGUUUCCCCCUACAAGGUCACUACUUUCGUCCUGGAACUCCUUGGCCUUUUCCAUGGAACCCAAUGCAGUGGAGCUCACCAGUGCCACCACCUUCUCUUUGCCAACCUGGAUUUUCUCUACCACUCUAUCCUGCAACGACUUACUGGGGUUGUACCGUGCCAGGUGCAUGGAACAUCCCAUGGCAAGCACAACCAUUAUCACCAAAUGGUGCAAACCUUAACUCUAGUCCCAACUCUCCAACCUUAGGUAAACAUUCAAGGGAAGAUAACUCGAUCAGAUCGAGUGACUCCAGCGGAACAGAUGGAGAUGGUAAGAAAGAAAGUAGCGAAGAAAAGUGCUUGUGGUUUCCAAAAACUUUGAGGAUUGAUGACUCAAGAGAAGCAGAAAAAAGCUCGUUCUGGACAACACUCGGGAUUAAAAAUGACAACACCAACUCAGUUCCUUCAAGAGGACUCUUUGAAGCAUUCCCUUCAAAAUGUGAUGAUAAAAAUCACUCGGUGCAAGCCUCACUUGUCUUGCAAGCCAAUCCGGCAGCACUGUCUAGAUCACUUAACUUUCAAGAGACUUCGUAACCACUUAGCUUAUAUAUCGAUAAUUGUGUUUUUGGAUGCAUCAAAUUGAUUCACGGCGUUCAGCUUUCCUGAGGAAAUCAUGAACUCUAAAGCCACUUUGGUUCGCCAAACUUGUUGGUAAUAGUUCUUGUUAGUUCAUGUACAUAUAAGUUCAUAUGACAUAGUGAGUUUGUUUUCCAACACCUCUUAUGUAUAUAGAAAUAAGAAUAAGAAUGAGGUUUCAUAUUGUACUUUACUUCUUGUUCUGGUUUCUUUCUUUUAGAAUGCAACUUAUGUUUUUCAUUGACUUAGCUACUUUGGCUUGGUUUAUAAAUUAUAAUCAUUACUUAUUAGUGGAAACUUUAACUA